GUGGAUGAGCGGCUGAGCCCUAGAAACUAGAAAGAAGGCACCCCACCAUAGCUUCCUUCUUCCACUGACCUUCCCUCUCUUUAGUUUCUCCGAGUUCGUAGCUUAUCAUCCGGCAGCAGCAAACGACGUGUUCGAUCGAAGCCGAUGGGGAAGGUUCACGGAUCGUUGGCCCGAGCGGGAAAGGUGAGAGGUCAGACGCCGAAGGUGGCGAAGCAGGACAAGAAGAAGAAGCCCAGGGGAAGGGCUUACAAGCGGAUGCAGUACAACAGGCGCUUUGUUACCGCCGUGGUCGGAUUUGGGAAGAAGAGAGGGCCGAACUCCUCCGAGAAGUAAAUCCUUUGCUCGUUGCUUGUUGAUCAUGGAGUUAGAUAUUAGAUUUUUCUUUUUCCUUUUAUGAACCUUUUUUGGUCUCUUAUGUGAUGCACAUUUUGUUUUGGAAGACAAUUGUGAAAUUAGAUUUAAGGAUGAAUUUCUACUUCUGGUUUGGUAAAUUUUAAUGGAAUUGUAAGCAAAUUAUCAAA